AUGCCACCUCGCAAAAGCUUCAAAAAGAAAACAGCUAGUCAAAACAUUACAUCUAUCCCGUUACGCUAUAAUAAGAACUCAAUUGUUCGAGAAAAAGUGACGCCUCCACAGCCAAUUACAAAGUUUUUCGAAGUAUCCACCAGUCCAGAUAACAACAACGACAAUAAUUACAAUAGCUACAAUAAAAGUACUCCUUCACCAAGGAACACUCUAAAAUCAUCUUCCCAACAGAGAAUCAAUAGAAAAUCACAAUCCAAUGACGCAAAAAAUAACUAUCGAUUGAAUCAAUUUGGAUUCUCAUUUCGACAAGAACCAGGAUCACCUUCUCCCUCACCUUCAUCAUUUGAUGGUUCUUCUACGGAUAAAUCACAACAACGCGAAGAUUCAGGAAUUGGAAUUGAUUUUGACAUUGAUGAUGAGUCAAAGAAAGAUAACGAUAAUCGUAAUAAUAAACAGAAACAAAAAAGUUUAGCAUCGGAUACAACCGAGAUUUUGCCACCUGCAGACGCAAUUCGUAAAGUGAUCGAGGAAAACUUGUUGGAUCUUACUGAUAAAAAAAAUAGUGAUUCUACUAAUAAUACUAUCCCAAUGCGACCUAGUUCUUUGGGUUAUAAUUUGAUCAAUAUAAUACCAGAGGGUGAUUAUAAUUCUUGGUUUAUGGAUGAAAAUGGAAAUAAGAGAUAUUCGUUGUGGAAAUUGGCUGGAUGUCGGGACGACAUAACCAAAACUAUUGACUUUUAUCAGUACUAA